CCCCACCCCUCACCUAUUCCUUCUUCGUUCCUUUCUCCUCCUCCUCCUCCUCCUCUCUCCAUCAAGCCCAAAGUCUCCUUCCCUUCCAAAGCCCCACGAUCACCGGCGAGAGUCCGACCAAACGCUUCCGGAUUCCUGCGUUUUCCGGCGGCAAUGGAAACCCCAUCAUCCUUGAGAAGGGUCACAAGAUCUCAGGCCUCUGCUGCCUCCCAGAAGAACAUGCAAGAAGAUGCCUUUUCAAGAUCAAGAAACGGCGAGCGUUCUGCACUGCUCGACAUCACGAACGAUUCUCCCAUCGUGGGACUUGCAACGGGAAGCCUGGUCGAGAAGACUCCUUCGUCUUCGGUGGUCAGGAGCCGAGUUCGAGCCAAACGGACUCCUGGGUCAGGCGAGGCGUUGCUCCGGAGCCAGGUGAAGACACUCCUGCAGAAGGUGGAGGAAGAGGCUGAGCUUGUCAAUAAGCUUCCUCCGGGGCAUGCGACAUUCCUCUUAGGCCUUCCGAUUUCACCAGCGCAGCUUCUUGCUCCCACGCCAGCCAACACACCUUACAUCCCUAACAUGCCAGGCUUGGAAGAAGGUGUUCUGAUCGAUGCUAAGAUGCCUUGUGUUACUGAAGAUAUCCCAAACCCUCAGCAGGUUGCUGCAUCUCUGGAACCAGAGAAAUCUCACCAUUCUCAAGAAUGUGUGAUCAACCGAGCAUUGCUAUUCGAUGACUCUCCUGGGAAAUCAGAAAUCUCUGAUGCCUCAGCAAUCUCUUCAUCUCUGACUUACCAAGGGAGUGAAGGCAGUUACGCAGAGAAAUCCCCCGAAGAUGACAACUCUUCUAUCUGGUCCCUUCAAGCCAAUGCUGCAAGUAUCCAAGAGGAUGACGACGAAGAUAUUGUUGAAGAUGAAGUCUAUUACGAGGAAGCUGAAGAUGAUGUGGAUGAAGAAGAUGAUGAGAUUUUAAACGAUUUGUGUAGAGGCCUGAGCAAGAUGUCAGUACAGGAUAAGGUGAGACUGCCUGAGUGCACCGGGAAGCACACACGUUUCAUCUACAACAGUGAUGACGAGAUUGAAGGUGAAGAGGAGGAAGUCGCCGAUGACAAGGCUGUUUCUCCAAGCGUGUUGGUAUUGAGGGGACUGCCUGCACCUAAGGGGAAGCACCUGCGCUUCCCAGAGGAAGAUGAAGUUUGAAAGACCCAUGGCGGCUGCUGCUGGAAAUUGAUAUCUUGGAGUUAGUUAUUUGGCUGUCUUUCCCCGACACCAUCUGACUAUCUUUUGUUUUUUAUGUUUCAGAUUCCAAUUUCGUUUUUAUUGUAGUUUUCAUUUUUCAUAGGAUAACUGGCGAAAAACAAAUGCAAUUCAUCUGUUCUAAUAAAGCAGCAUUUUGAAGGUUCAUAUUU